AUGGACAGAACCGGGGUGGACGCGGUGGACAUGGCGGAGGUCAGAGGGCACGGGGAAGAGGACAGGGCAACCGAGGCCGAGGAGGAAACCAUACAGAAAGUGGACGAGCGCCGUCAUAUCUUCCCCCUACAGGUUUCAACUACGCGCAACCAAUGUAUGGCGGAUACCCUCAACCUCUUCCCACAGCACCUUAUAUGCCUCCCCAACCCUACCAUCAUGGACAAACGCCAGCCUUUCAGAAUCCUCCAAAUCUACCCCUAUUCCCAUCCCAUCAAUAUCCCCAGUCGGCAUCUGCGGGUAACUAUCAACACUACAAUACGCCCAACCUUUCCACACCUUACCCUCCCGCAACUCCGACGGGCUCAACCGGGGCAAGCACGAGGGCCACGACCUCAUGCGCAAGGCAAUCAGGGUCCGAAACCCAAGCAUAAUCAGAAGCGGGACCACUCAUCCGCAUUCAACAAACCUCAAUCAACUGUACCUCGAACUCCAGCGGCGCCUGCCGUCCCAAGCUUCGGCAACCCUCUGCCCUCGAAGCCACCACCCGCCGCAGACUCCACGCCCAACAGAAAGGCAAAGAAGAGAAAAAGGAAGCACAACCAACUUGGACUGACCCCUAAUACCGAGGACCACGAGUCAAGCGAGGAAGAGGCUGAUGAAGACGAAGAAUCGAAGCUGGCGCAAGGUGGAUCUGACGCAACACCAAUUCAGGUCUCAUACAAAGGAAAAACGGCUACGUUGCAAACCCCCAAAAAGAAGUUGAUGGAGGAGGCAAAGGCAGCUCGCGAGGCAACCCGUCAACAAAAGCAAAAAGAGCAGCAAGAAAAGCGCAAAGAGAUUAUACAAAAGCAAAACGAACACAAGACAGAUCCCACUGCAGAUGCAACUACAAACGCGCAGCGCAGGGAGAAGAUUCGGCGCAACCUUGAACGAGAGGAGAAACGAAUUCAAAAGGCUAUGGCCGAGACCGAGGCUGCUCGUCUCCGAAUGGAAGCUCUACAGAGGGAGGCAUUGAGUCUAAAUGCAGAGGAUACGGGUACCACACCCUGGCGCCAAGGCCUUGCCCCGGCCCCAAUUAUCAAAACUGAACCUGCAAGCGCGAUGCCAGACUCAGAGCCAGCCCUCAACACCGAACCUGAAGAUGCGGUACAGGAGCCAGCCAUUAAGACCGAACCCGAAGAUGCGGUACAGGAGCCAGCCAUUAAGACUGAACCCGAAACUACGGUGCUGGAGGCAACAGUAAACGCCGAGCGUCAUGGCCCAGUUCCAGAGCCGGCUCAAUCAGCCGUCCCCGCUUCCCACGCGACAGAGUCGCAGGGAGAUCCUGAGGUCUUACCCGAGUCCUCCACCCUCGAGCACACAAUCAAGACUGAACACCCCACCGACCAUGGCUUGGAUGGCAUGGAUCUCGCAUCUGAUCAUGGAGCCAGUGAUUGGACCUCCUCGAGUGCUUCUGGCUCAGAUUCCGACUCCGACUCUGGCAGUGAUGACUCCGCACCAGAGCAAGCCACUUCACGUCGCACGGGACCAGAGCGAGUGCCGCCCCCACCCCGCGAAGGCAAAAAGUCUGUUUGCCGUUAUUUUGCACGUAAUGGGCACUGUAACCGUGGCGACCAGUGUAAAUUCCUUCAUGAAAAUGACUCUGAACGAACCUCGAAGGCGAAAGCAAAGCCUAAUGAAAAGAAGGAGAAAGAGACGAAACGCAAGGGACUUUAUCAAGCUUUGCUGGACCGACAAAGGCAAGACGAUGACCGCCGGGCAAUGGAAGUGAUCACCUGCCUAGGUCAGAACAAUAUGUUGGAUUGA